UGAACUCUCCCGCCACUGGGAAGGAGCAGCUGUCAGCGCGGGUAUUUCCUCCAGUUUGGUUGCUGGCUGGUUCCAGAAAGUCUUGCGCGUUUAUUUGGGACGGAGGAAUCGUGGAGUUGAAAGUUUGCAAGUUGACCUGGUGGGAACGAGUGACAGGUGGUCAAGAUGCAGUUCUCAGGAAGGAUUCGCAAGAAGCUGAGAUUGGCCGGUGACCAGAGAAAUGCUUGUUACCCUCACAGCCUUCAGUUUUACCUACAGCCACCUUCUGAAAACAUAUCUCUGACAGAGUUUGAAAGCUUGGCCGUGGACAGACUUAAAUUGCUGAAAACAGUGGAGAAUCUUGGUGUGAGCUAUGUGAAAGGAACAGAACAGUACCAGAGUAAGUUGGAGGCUGAGAUUCGAAAACUCAAGUUUUCCUACAGAGAGAACUUAGAAGAUGAGUUUGAGCCACGAAGAAGGGACCACAUCUCCCACUUUAUUUUGCGCCUUGCGUACUGCCAGUCUGAAGAUCUUAGGCGAUGGUUUAUUCAACAAGAAAUGGAUCUGCUUCGAUUUCGAUUCAGUAUUUUACCCAAGGAUAAAGUUCAGGAUUUCUUAAAGGAUAGCCAUUUGCAUUUUGAGGCUAUAAGUGAUGAAGAGAAGACUCUCCGAGAACAGGACAUCGUUGCAUCCUCGCCAAGCCUAAGUGGGGUUAAGUGGGAAUCGGAGUCAGUUUAUAAGAUCCCCUUUGCUGACGCUCUGGACCUGUUCAGAGGAAGGAAGGUCUAUUUGGAAGAUGGCCUUGCUUAUGUGCCGCUUAAAGACAUUGUGGCCAUCAUCCUGAACGAGUUCAGAGCUACGCUAUCUAAGGCUUUGGCACUAACAGCCAGGUCCUUGCCUGCUGUGCAGUCAGAUGAACGGCUCCAGCCUCUGCUCAACCACCUCAGUCAUUCUUACACUGGUCAAGAUUACAGCACCCAGAAGAACACGGGGAAGAUUUCCUUAGAUCAGAUUGAUUCGCUUUCUACCAAAUCUUUCCCACCUUGCAUGCGUCAGUUGCACAAGGCUUUGAGGGAAAACCACCAUCUUCGUCAUGGAGGCCGGAUGCAGUAUGGGCUGUUCCUGAAGGGCAUUGGCCUGACUUUAGAACAGGCAUUGCAGUUCUGGAAGCAAGAGUUUAUUAGAGGGAAGAUGGACCCAGACAAGUUUGAUAAAGGUUACGCUUACAAUAUCCGUCACAGCUUUGGGAAGGAAGGCAAGAGGACAGACUACACGCCUUUCAGUUGCAUGAAGAUUAUCCUAACCAAUCCACCAAGCCAAGGGGAUUAUCACGGGUGCCCAUUCCGUCACAGUGAUGCAGAGCUGCUGAAGCAGAAGAUGCAGUCCUACAAGAUCCCUGCCUCGGGGAUCAGCCAGAUUUUGGAUUUAGUAAAGGGGACUCAUUACCAGGUAGCCUGUCAGAAGUACUUCGAGAUGACACAUAACGUGGAUGAUUGUGGCUUUUCUUUGAAUCAUCCGAAUCAGUUCUUUCUUGAGAGCCAGCGGAUCCUAACUGGUGGCAAAGACGUCAAGAAGGAAUCCAGCCAGCCAGAAACACCUCAGUCCAAACCCAGUGUCCAGAAGACCAGGGAUGCCUCGUCUGCUCUGGCCUCUUUAAACUCCUCCCUGGAAAUGGAGCUGGAGGGACUGGAAGAUUACUUUAGUAAAUGAUGUGGCCACUUCAGUAACUCCCUUCCCCCCAGUGAAUACAUUCCUGUUUGUAAGGUUUGCCUUUUUAAAGCCUUCCUGCUGAGCAAUUUCCUCUACCCACCUACUUCAUGUAUACACAUUUAUUAGCAAAGCAGGCUUGCUUCCAUAUGACAUAUGAAAGCAUAAUGAAAAAAGCCAGAGUUCCUAUGAAACCUUUCAUUGAAUAUUUUGAUUUGAAUCCUGUUUCAGAGAUUUAAAACGGUACUUCGAGACUAAAGUCCUCAAGCUAAAACCAACAAAGCCAACUUUUAAAGUGUCACAUGGUAUAAUUUUGACCCAGUCCUCUUUUGGAGUAUUUUUGCUAAUAAAUAUCAACAUGAGUAUGA